AUGGCUAUUUCUAUCUUCUUCGAUAUUAGAUCUUGGUUCUUAUUGGCGAAUAUUUAUAUGAUGCCUCCUAAGGGCAAAAGGCAAUAUCACUGUCAAAUUUUACCUCUAGAUAUGCUUAGCAGCCUCCCUGAGAAUGUAAUUGAUGAUAUUCUUGUGCGUUUGCCUUUACGAGAUGUUGUAAGGACUAGCAUCUUAUCAAAGAAAUGGAGGUAUAAUUGGUGCAGACUUCCAGAAUUGGCGCUUGAUCAAACACUCUGGAUAACCAAAAAGGAUUUAAUGUACUUUGCACAUAAAUUCACAAAGAUUGUCACCCACUUUAUGAGAUUUCAUGAUGGAGCAAUCACAAAGUUCACCCUCUUCAUUCCUUAUUUGGAAAGAUCUCCUAAUAUUGACAAAUUGAUACGUUUCCUCCGUAGAAAUGGCAUUCGGCAUCUUGCUCUUAGACUUCCAAUCAGGGGUAACCCGUACGAAUUGCCGCCUUCAUUUUUCACAUGUUUCGAGUUGAGGCAUUUGACUCUCCAAAAUCUUUUAAUAAUUCCUCCACCAGCCUUCAGAGGAUUUGAUAGGCUAAUUAGCCUGGAAUUACGUGAUGUUACAAUUUCUUCCAAGUUGCUUGAAAGUUUAAUCUCUCAUUGCUUGUUGCUUGAGCAAUUGGUGCUGCAGAUCUCAAGUGCUUUAAGGGAUGUCAUUGGAAUUAACGGUCCCAUGCUGAGAUCUUUUGACUUCACAGGCAGUAUGAGUUCUAUCUGUUUAAAAAGUACCCCUCUUCUGGCAAAACUUUCACUUACGCAUAUGGAAUAUUAUGUGGCGGCACGAAAAAGUAAUAUUGCCGAGUUUUUUGAGUCCUUUUCUGCUAUAGAAUACCUCCACUUAAAUGACAUGGAGCAGGUGAAAUACCAACAAGGCUUUCGUUUAAUCUUAACUGUGUCAAACAUCUUUGCAUAUCUAGUAUUUUUCUGGGUUGCUGGGAUGAGGUUGCAUGCGCUCUUUGUGGAGCGCGAUGACAAUGAUAUACCAGCUCUCGAAUGUCUUGAUGUGGAACGUUUCUCAGAUGUGUCAUUUAAUCACCUCAGGGAAGUUAAGCUAAUACAAACUAAUGGCACAAUCCCUGAGAUGCAGCUUAUGAAGCUUUUGUUGGCCAUGUCUCCCGGGCUGGAGAGAAUGCUAAUCGAGCCAUGUCUAGUUGAAGAUUCUGCAAAUGUCAGAAUACUCGCCGAGCUAACAAAAUUUCAGCGGGCAUCACCGGAAGCAGAAGUUGUCUAUAAGUUGGAUAAGCAUCGAUAUUAUGACCAUCCUGUUUGA